AUGUACAGUUCAUGCAAAUUCCUCUACAGACAGGUCAUACAAUCCUGCAAUAAAACCUUCAAUGCUGAUGUAGAGGCCAAGAUGAGCGUUCUAAAUGGAGUGAAAAAUAUGAUAAGAGAACAACUAAAAACUAAAGAAGAAAAGGAUAUAAAACAACAAUUAAUUGAAGCCAAUGAUUUUAUUAAGAACAAUAUCAUUCAAGCAGUUUAUAAUAACAACACAGGAAAUUAUAAAGUUGAGCUCAAAGAAGAACAAGUCAAAAAAGGAUCCAUAACAUUGGGAACUAAAAUCGAAAAUAAGUUCCCAUUUCUUGAUGAAAAAAGAACUUAA